AUGAAGCCGACAGACAAGCACUUUCGCUGCAAUAUCUGUCAGCGAGGCUUUACCAGGAUUGAUCACCUCAAGCGGCAUCAUCUGCGCCAUUCCGGACAGAAGCCAUACUCUUGUGUCUUCUGCAAUGACUCAUUCGCACGAUGUGACAAUCUUCGCGACCAUUACACGGAUUGCGCCAGACGCGGCAACCGACAGAUCCCCGAGACGGGCCAGAGGGGUAGACGACGGCAUGCAUGCCAAUCGUGCACCUCGAUGAAAUUGCGAUGCGACGGACAAAGCCCCUGCGGAUCUUGCCAAAAGCGAAACCUCACUUGCAACAAUGAACGAAAUGCUGGACCGAGUAUUCCUGAGAUCGAGGAAGAUACGAGUGUGGGACCAAUGGGGCUACAACAGACAGCAUUUCCAAUCCACGCAGGGCCACCAGUGAAACCCCAGAGUCAUGAACAACCAUCAUCAGACCGCGGAUCGAUCAAGUUCCUACUCAAUGGUGGCACGGACAGCUUCACGGAGAACUUUCGACUUCCGCCGCGCAGCGAUCGGGCGCGCAGCCUCCAUUAUCAUCAUCGCAUCAAUAUGGAAGAAGCGCAAAGGAGUGGGUUCCCAUACAUCGACAGUGAGCAACCGCAGUACGCUUCUGGGUUCGUCAAUGCCGACCCUGCCAUACCGCUCUCCUUCCCAGAUACCAUUCUGGAUUUCUUGAACGUGCCCUUCACGGAUGAGGCGAGGCCAGCACAUGAUUCAUAUAACGCUGAUGGAAUGAAUUAUGAAGGCGUCAUCCAUCCACAGCCAAGUUCUGGUCUCGCACUACAUCACGACCCGGCGCUUUUUGAACCAGAACGACCGUUUGCGAUGGCAUUGAAACAAGCUAUAUUGGCACGAGCAUGGCAGGUUCCACUCGAUGCUAAGGCCCAAGCAGAAGUCACCGCGGAUUUCAACUUUCUCUUGACGACGGCACGCAUUCGCAAAUGCAUAUUCCUCUAUUUCAAAUACUGGCAGCCCAGCUGUGCAUACGUUCAUUCUUCUUUCGAUCCGGAGACCGCCCCUCUGUCCUUAUUGGCCGCAGUAAUAUUUAUGGGUGCUAUGUACAACAAUGAUGAGAGGGAAUCCUACGUUGCUAAAAGGAUCCUCGACUUCGUGGAGCUCUUCAUAUUCUCAUGUGAUGUCUUUUCGCCAGAUAGUGAAGUGGGCAUGAUUUUCUCGGGCAAACGGUGCCACGAUGGGGAAUCAAACGACUGGACCAAAUUCCAAAAUUUUCAAGCUGGGUUCAUCAUUCUCACCGUCCAGUAUUGGUCUGGAAAUCGAGUGUCACGAUAUCGCGCUUUGGAAACCCGAUUCACCGAAAUAGUCAAGGUUGCGCGUCGAAUGGAGUUGACAAAGAUCCGACAUGAUCCGGCCGGUCAAGUCACAGAAUAUGAAUGGAUUCAGAAAGAGUGUCGAAUCCGGUUCGUGUCCAUGCCUCCUAGGUCUACGAAGACUAUACGUUUUUCUUUACUGAUAAACCCCUAG